AUGGAAUUCCGAAUGGCACAAGAGUGGCUAGUCCUUUUGCGAGAUUUGCUCGCCCAUUCAGGUGGCCACGCCCUGUUUGCCACGUCAUGGCAGUCGGCAAAUUAAGUAUAAGGGUCGCCUGCAAGUUCUGGUAUCCUUACGUACCUUGGUAAGUAUGACUACUUGUUGGUUGAUGUGGCUCUACCAUCGCGUCGCAGGCGCGUAUGCACGCCCAGUAAUAUGACGUUCCGGAUGUCACAUAUUCGUGUUUCUUGGCGAGUCGAGCUGACCAACAGCGAGCAGCAGCCGUUCCAUCUGCUAUGUUCCCAUCUUCAACACUCUGGUUUCGCACCAUGAGCUAUAACCGUGUGAGUACCAAUCGCUCAAUUCCUCUCAAAGCUUCUACUGCUUCCAAGCUUACCGGCUGCGAUCAAAGUUUUACAUCGUUACACUACGCUUUUCCUCUUUGAGCCAAUUCACAGCUAUGGCUCAUCAUACGCUACCACAAGAGCUUCUGAGGAUCAUUCCGGGCAAUGAAAUCGUCCCAACAAUGGAGCGGAUCGUAGCGGAGAUCCACGAGGUUCGCGAAGUUGGAGUCAUGGCAAUGCUGCGUUAUGCAUCACCCGAUGCGGGGUCUCGGGAAUCCUCAGAUGAAGCUUGCAAGCUCUGGGUGGAGUGCGAGGCAGAGUUCACCUCAAGGAGGAGCGACCUAUUUCAUCUGUACCUCGAUAGUCUACCGAAGGAUUUCAGGCUGUGUGGUAAUGGAUUGCUCAGUGUCGGCCAGAUCAAGCAAUACUCGGAAACAAAAAAGCAUAUCGAGGAUUUGCGACGAACAUACAAUCGGAAUAUCCGGAAUGAAGAGGGAAAGCAGGAAUUCUCGCUAGAGGAACUAGCAGGAAGGAAUGAUGUCGACACCUUGUUAGAGUAUGCAUCGAAUCACUCAACUCGGAAAAAGAUACAUAUUGCCAGCGCUCAUAAGCUGCCGCGCAGUGUGGACUUGUUGAGAGAGAUCGUUGUGGAGAGAGAUGAGAACGCACGCCUGCUCGGCUAUGAGAGCCAUGCUGCGUUUAAGCUUGAGAAGCGGGCUGCCAAAUCUCCUAGCUGGGUAAUCGACCUACUAAAUGAGCUGGGGGAAGCGAUCCUGCCCCAAGGCCACCAAGAGAUGGACCGUCUACUACAGCUGAUGACGCAAGAUCCGGCCAACCAAACUCUUCAGAAUCAACAUGGUCAAAUCCUGCCAUGGGACUCCUGUCACUACGCCCCAAUAGCAGAAGAAAAUAUACAGGUAAACCACACCAAGAUCUCUGAGUAUUUCCCAAUGCGGAAUACCGUUUCCGCUAUGCUACAGAUAUUUGCCUCUUGCUUGCGACUGCGGUUUCCCCCACUUCCUUUGGAAUUAUCAGAAGGUUAUGUUUUACAUCAAGAUGUUGAGAUGUGUAGUGUCUGGGACAAUAGGGAGGAUUCGAGAGAUGAGUUCGUCGGAUAUCUUUAUGCAGACUUGUUGUCGAGGCCGAACAAGUAUCAGGGCUCGCAGAAUAGUGUACCCGGUGACUAUACUUACGUGCAGUUCUCCCCGUCUAACGAGUUUUGGAAGUGCGCUGGUCAAGCAUCACGAGAUUAUAUCGCUUUUCCACAACUCGGGCAUGGAAUCCACGACCUUAUCUCUAGGACAUCAUAUGUCAGGUUCCAUAGCCACAGCGUGGUCCGCAAGUUCGCAGAGGCACUGGGUGUCAUGCUGGCCGAAAACCCAGAUGCCCCUCUUCCGCCAAAGCAGAUACCGGAUGACAUUCUGGACAGCCUCAUCGAAAGUCGCAAGACGAAUAGGACAGUAUGGUUUCUACGGCAGCUUAGUCACGAAUAUGCCUUGAAGUUGAACCUAUCGGACAUCUACCACAGUCUAAUGGAGAGACUAUCUUUACUUGAAACUCGAGACAUCAACGACCGCGGGUAUCCAUUCGCCAGUAUUGGGCACUUGACAGCUGGAUAUAACGCAGGGUACUUUUCCUUAUGUCAGGUAUUCGCUGCAGAUCUCUUCGAGAGCGCGUUCGCAAAAGACCCACGCAGCCACGCUGCUUGGGACAGAUGCCGCGGUCAGAUCCUCGAUCCUGGAGCAAGCCGUGACGAACUUCAGAUGUCGGAAAGGUUCCUAGGCCAUCCACCGAGUGCGGAAGCCUUGCUCCGUAAUAUCAAGGGAACCUGA